GCCCCGCCCCGGCCCGGCCGCGCUGAGGGCGGAGGCGGCGGAGCGGCCGCGGCUCCCGGGGGCUCUUGGCUGGGCCGCGCCGCUGCCCGUCCCGCAGCGCUCCGGCCGACUGAGCAGCGAGAGCAGCGGACGCAGCUCGGCAUGAACCGGGCUCAGCGCGGGGCCGCGGGCAGCCGCGGCCUGGGCACCAUGGAGGUGAAGAGCAAGUUUGGGGCAGAAUUUCGACGAUUUUCUCUGGAGAGGUCCAAGCCUGGCAAGUUUGAGGAGUUCUAUGGAUUACUGCAGCACGUGCACAAGAUCCCCAACGUGGAUGUUCUGGUGGGAUACACCGACAUUCACGGGGACCUGCUGCCCAUCAACAAUGAUGACAAUUAUCACAAAGCAGUUUCUACAGCCAAUCCUCUGCUCAGGAUUUUCAUUCAGAGAAAAGAAGAUGCAGACUACAGUGCCUUCGGGACGGACACCAUGACCAGGAAGAAGAACGUCUUAUCCAACGUGCUGCGCCCAGACAACCACAGGAAGAAGCCCCACAUUGUCAUCAGCAUGCCCCAGGACUUCAGGCCCGUGUCCUCCAUCAUCGACGUGGACAUCCUGCCCGAGACGCACCGGCGGGUGCGGCUCUACAAGUACGGCACCGACAAACCGCUGGGCUUCUACAUCCGCGACGGCUCCAGCGUCAGGGUCACCCCGCACGGCCUGGAGAAGGUGCCCGGCAUCUUCAUCUCCAGGCUGGUCCCCGGGGGGCUGGCCCAGAGCACCGGGCUGCUGGCUGUCAAUGACGAGGUGCUGGAGGUGAACGGCAUCGAGGUGUCAGGAAAAAGCCUGGAUCAAGUUACAGACAUGAUGAUCGCAAACAGCCGCAACCUGAUCAUCACCGUCAGACCCGCCAACCAGAGGAACAACGUGGUGAGGAACAGUCGGACUUCGGGCAGCUCCGGCCAGUCCACCGAGUCCAGCCUGCCCAGCAGCACCCCCAACAUCCUGGGCACCCUGCAGGGAGAGGAGGAGAGUGACGAGGAGGACAUUAUUAUUGAAGACAGUGGUGAGCCACAGCAGAUCCCUAAGGCUGCGCCCACCAGCGAAAGCAUAGAGUCCUUGUCACAAAUUGAACUCCUCCACGAGUCCUCACAAAAUGGGUUCCUUCCUUCCAGUGAGAACUUGAGUCACUCAGCAGGCAGCAUUAGCAUGGAGUGUGAAGUACCAGAGCAGGGCCGAAAGUCCUUAGAAGAAGAUGGAACUAUAAUAACACUAUGAAAUGACAUUGGUGUACUUCAGAUAAGUAAGGAUGCCAUACAUGUUUUAAUUGGGCUUGAUAUGUAACACAUUUUAUACCUCUCCAUCUACCAAGCACUGCAGUUAGAUUAAAAGGAGGGAAAAAAGUAAAUACAAGAAAUUCAAAAUCACAUAAGUUGACUAACUUCAUUAAUUCUGCACUUCAAUGUAAAUAAUUCACAAAGCUGGGUGAUAAUUGAUAAAUAGCUGAAAUUGAAUGAGGAGGAUUUAAAUUGAGAAUGAAGGAUAGCUAAGAGAUGGCUGUGAGCUUUCUUCUAAAGGUACUUGAUUUUUAUUGUUUUUUUUAAUGCUGUACACUACUGGUUCUAUAGAAGUGAACCUCCUCGUGUGUGAGGCUGGCUGUCUCAUGGACUGUGCUUUCACCUGCUGUUCCUCUAAGUGCUGCUCUCGUGUGCUGGAGCUGCUGCAGCCCCCUCACUGCUGUCCUGGCUGCUGCUCCUCUGCCAGAGCUGUGCGUGGGCUCUGGGCAAGGGGAAACUGGGAGAGAGCCAGAGCUGGGGGUGGUGACACAGGGACAGCAGGGCUGUGUGGCAGCACCUGCACUGGGGCUUUGGAGGGCACUGUUCUUCCUGAGUGAAUGUGCAACCACAGGCUCGUUAGUCAGGCACCAUUACUGCUUUUAAUGACUCUGAUUUUGAAAUUCAAAUGUGAAAGUCUUAACACUAAUGCAUCAAAGACCUGUUCUCAUUCUAGCUUGCCAUAUUUAAGAAUAUCAUUGGAUUUAGUUACUAAUCCCAGUAAAUUGCAAACAAAUCAAGUGUAAACUUAAUGCUAUGGAAAUAGCAUGAGGUAAUCUCUGUUACAAUUGCAGUCCUAGUAGAAACUGUAAAGAUUUCUACUAGCAAAGGUUUGUUGGAAAGAGUCUGGAUUAUAUAAAAGUGACUUCCUUCAAACCUGAACAAGUUAGAACAGUCCAAGUUAAAUCCCUGGAUUAAAGAGUUUUAAAUCAGAAUGAGGCUUUACUAGACCUUGUUUGAGCCAUGUGAUACUAACUGAUUCAUUCUUAGGAGCUGCUCUGUAAAUGCAGAUGGCUGUGUGCCCCUGGCUGGGUGUUGUGGGUAUUACAGUGUUGUUCUGUGUGAAAACACUGAUGACAAGUCCUGAUGCUGCAAGAGCAAAGGUGUGUGUGUGUAACACUGCACUCACUGGGAUAGCUGCAGGGGAGGCUUCUGGCAUUGUUUUUAUCCCUUCCCUUUUUGUAUCUCUUCCUUUACCCCUUUGGCCCUUGUUUCCCAACCUGACCCUCCUCUGGAACAGAAGUUGUGGCAGGAGAAUGAGCUGGGGACUGCCAGGACUGGAGAAGGAUUCCCCAGGGAUGCUGUGCCUCUGUCAGGAGGAGUGGGGUGCUGCCAGGUGUGUCCUGUGCUCCCCUGAGCAGCAGCCAGGUGCUUGGGAAUGUUCCACCCUCUGGGAAGAUGUGAUGAGUGGGAAGGGAGACUGACCCCUUUCUUUUUUUCCCUCAGUCUAUUUGAGGAAAAUCUACCUCUGGUAACUUCACUAACAGGAGACCAACUGUAAGUUUAAUGUUAGGGCAUCUGUAAAAGUCGUCACAGACUAUCAGAGGCUAAACCUGUGUUUGUUUCAGGUUUUUGUGAUGAUGCAAACACUGCUGCAGAAACAAAUCCCUGCUGUUUGAUGUUACAAAGUGCACAUUUGAAAUUAGUGUCUGAUGGGCAGUAGUUUUCUCAAGCCUUCAAUGCCAAGAGAGGCACUCAUCCCCCUUAGGAUUUAUGGAGGAUAGGCACAGCAGGCAGUGGUACUCUGCAAAUGCAGGUGAGGGGCUCCUUUGUCACACUUAUUUAUGGUUUCUUUGUGUGUGUGUGGAGAGCCCUGGAAUCUUUUACAAGAGCAACAUCUUUUAAGUGUUUCACUUGUUUUGCUAAUAAUUAUUAAAAAUGAAGUAACUACAUCCACUUAGUGCAAAGUGAGCAAAAGAAAUGUUCAUUCUGCACCAUGGAGACUUUACCUGUACAUGUUUUCUCUCAGCGCUGCUCUACACUUCCUUUCUUUAUGGAAGAUUGUUUACUUUGAAAAUAUCUUUUUUAUUUUCCUUUGUCAAAAGACUUUCCUUCCUGUAUGAAAUCACCAGUGGAGGGUGAGAAUCAUUAUUCUGCUAGUUUGCACUUCUGUGCCUUUGGUUUACUUGAAUGUAUUGUGAAUAAUCAAAGGAAUAAAGGCACUUGGAUGGAGAGAAGAGAGGUGCAGAGGUACAGAGAAUGAGCUGGUAGUGCACUUCAGGCAGGUGUGACAUUUUCACUCCCUGCAGAUCCACUCUGGGGCUGCUGUGGUGCACGAGGAUGGACUGGCCUGGGGGGCUGGGUGUGGCCAGGAGCUGGGCAGGUCCCCCUGGGGCUGCUGUGCUGCCAGGCACAGGCACGGCUAGUUUGAGUUUGUUAAUGCCAGUAUUAAGGACUUGGAGAAAUUGAGCUGGGGUCCUACUCUAAACUGCAUGAGACUUCAUCUCUAGGACCCUUCCUGCAAACUGAGUAAUCUAAACAUGAGACCAUGUUCUUUUGGACAUAGAUCAUGUUCUGUUUCACAGAAAUUUGGUGACAUGUAGUAAAACUAAGCAUUUGGGACUUGAUAAAAACUUUAAAGAAUAAAUCUAAAAAGCGUGUAUUUACAGUUACAGUGACAGACUGCACAGCAUGUAAUUGCUUAAUGCUGCAGUUACCAUAAAGUUUCUAAAGUUCUUCCAUAUCUUACUAAUACAAACACUGUUAAUUACAAAAGAUUUUUAAAUUGCUACUUCAGGAUGAUUAAUGGUUGAUUAUGAGUGGCUAAAUUUAAUUUUAUAUAUAAAUAAUACUGGGGUUCAGUAUAAGAUUUUUUAAAAUAUGCUGAUGUUGUUAGCCUUUCAUUCACUACCUCCUAAAUUUUUAACAUCUAUACUGUUUUCUCCCUGGAAGACAAUACUUAAAGGCUUGACUGUUUUAUAUAGAUUUUAUCUAUAGCUAAAAAGAGGAGAAGAAAAUGCAGAAGUGCUGUGAGGAUGCUGCACAUGAGUGACAAUAUUCCGCUGCUAUCGGUGUAAUCUGUGUAUCCUGUGUGUGUCAUUGUAUCUUCAAUUCAGAUUUUAUAAAUUUAUGAGAUAUUCCAAAUUAUUUCAGAAUGGAGUGAAAAACUAAAUUUCCUUUGACUAGUGUUACAUGUUGUGUACAUGCACAGAGGGGGAAGGUGAUUCCUCCGUGGUGACUGGGAGAUCUAAGUGCACCUUAAUAGGAAGAACAAAUUCUUAAUAGAAUUAAGAUGCAUUUACUUUUAAGUUCUGAGAUGGUACUGGAGAAGUCAAGCCUAACUGUGAAUCAUAUGUUUUUUUCCACACCUGAAUUAAAUUUAGGACAAUGUUCUCACAAGCUGUCUUUAACAUGUGUAUUUUUGUGAAUAUUAUGUAUUUUCUAAUUAAAUUUUACUUGCAAUGUGAUUUUUACAUGAAUGAACUUGUUUAAAA